UCAAACGAUCCAGAGCAUUUCUAUCGUCGCUGUCAGAGGAACAUCUGGUCGUCAUGAAGGCCGCUAACAUCCUCCUGCUCUGCAUGCUGGGAGCCGCUCUGCUGUCCACGGUCCUCUGCAACAGUGGAAAUAUGCCGGUCGACUGCUGCUUUGAUCUCUUCAAAUACCGUAUGGACAAAAAUCUCUUCUCUUCAUAUUACAAGACUGAUCCCCGCUGCUCGUCGAGUGGAAUCGUUUUAACGACAAAAAAAGGACGCUCCAUCUGUGUGGACGCACAGCAGCACUGGGUGAAGACGAUUAUUGACUUUCUGCAGAAAAAGUCCCGUUAAAGGAUCUGCCUGUUGUCCAUAUUUAUCAGAUCAUAUGAAGGUUUAUAAAAGGCGUGUGGCAGAGUGAUUCUAAUUUUGGCAUUCCAUUUUGGUUCAAGUAAUCAUUGUUUACGCUACAAUUUGUACAACACCUGCUGUCCUACAGAAUUGACUGUAGUGGAGUUUUUGAUUGUUGUUUUUUCCCCUUUUUUUGCUUUUCUAUUCUAUUUUUCUGUAAUCAAACACAAAGUCUUCUGGAUGUUUCCUUUGGUUGUUGCAUGCUUUCUUUUACUGGAUUUUAUUCUAAAAUAAAUGGAACUUU